CCGGGUCAUAUUUUCACCCUGCUCUGUCUAGUGUCUCUCACGCUGCAGCUUCUGCGAAGUUGUAGGCUACAAUAGUGCUUUAAUUUGUGGGUUUUAUCUCCGGAAUCAAUCGAAAAUAUGUCUGGUAGAGAAGGAGGUAAAAAGAAGCCCCUGAAGGCGCCCAAGAAACAGAACAAGGACGUGGAUGAUGAUGACGCAGCUUUCAAGCAGAAGCAGAAGGAGGAUCAGAAAGCCAUGGAUGCCCUGAAGGCCAAAGCUGCAGGAAAAGGACCACUAACUGGUGGAGGAAUCAAGAAGUCUGGGAAGAAGUGAGGUGAAAGACUCCCUUGGCUGGCUACGUAGUGCCAGAGCAGUCUCUACCCAGAUGAUCACAGCCCCACUCCUGUCAGCUGCCCCUGGGUCCAGGCACACUUAGCAAAUGAAAUAACCCUUAAUCUUUCCCCUUGAAAAGCAGGUCCUCUGAAAUAAAGUUUUGUAACCGCAUUUCCAUUAUCAGUUUUUAAUCUUACUCGUUUUUCAUAAGUCUUCUAAUCUACAAGGGUAUAUGAGCUAAAUCAUUCCUAUACUGUUCAAACAUGCAUCGCAGGGUUUGUUUGUGUUUUUCAGCCCAUCUAGGCUGUCUUCAUCCUCUUGUGUGUGCCCCAUGAUCUCUAGUGUCUCUCAUUUCCGGUCUUCAGUUUUCUGACACCCUCCCUUAGUACCUCUAGGUUGGGCCACAUGUUAAUAGUGGUUAGGCAUUCAUUUAGGUUAGGCAUUCAUUAAAAGGUUAAUUUCAGGCUAAAUUAUUUUGCCUAACAGUGAGAGUGUGUGUGAAUGGAGAAUUCAGUGUUAUUUGUUCCUUUUUGUACAGUUUUAUUUUUACUUUUCUUGAUCAAAGUGUGGGAGAUUGACAAAUAAAAAUAAAAUUGCUGCUUCUCA